UCCUUAUACAACCUCUCAAAUGAAAGCCAACUCAUGGGCUUGAAGUUUGCACAGGCCCGUCAUACCAUGUGCUUGAAAAACAACGGUUAAUAUUGCAGGUCGUGAGGACUGAAACACGUGACGUCACGGACAAACCAGUUCUGAUACCAUGUCAUAAACCAGUUAGUCUCAAACUCUCAAUAACUCGAGUUGUUGAGAGAAGGUUAUGUUGGAUCUUAUACAGACCCAUGUAUGGUACUUAAUCACUUCCUUAUGAUUUCUCCGAGUUAUUACUCCGAAGUCAGAACUUUCAGUAAAGUUGCGACAAAGGAGCAUUCGACACCUGACAUGGAUACAUAAAAUGCCCCCCCCCCCCCCCCCCACCCACCCCAUCCCUUCUGUCUCGUCGAUUGGCAUAUUCACAGUAAAGUCUUUUUUUUUUUUUGACAAAAGAUAUUCACAGUAAAGUCAACUAGUACACAAUGUGGAUUUUCCCUAUUUAUAGUGCAAAAAAUCAAUCAACACUAAAUCGAUCUUAAUUUCCAUUCAAGUACUCCAUCAUCACUUGGUUUUGACAUUUGUCACCCCACCACUCAAUCUUGCCUCAUUUGGUGCCCAAUUUGAUCAUAUUCCCCUCACUCACCCAUGACCUAACCUAGCCCUUCCAAAUAAACCCUAGCUAGCUAGCUUGCUAUAUAUCAUCUCUAAGACUUCCAUACACCCUAAUAUUGCAAUAUCUCUCUCUCUAUAAAUACACACCCAUAGAGGUUCUCCUUAGUUCGUGUACCAAAUCAAUCCACUUAUUCCCUGCUAGUUUCAUAUCAUCCAUUCACUUCCAAGGUUGGUAUGUCGAGAAUUCCGAGGAUUCGAACAAGAGAACUCUCGAUAAGUUAAAGAUUGAAUCUCAUAUUUUUCAUUCAUUGGUCUAUUGAUGUUGUGCGUGUGCAGAGAUGGACACCAAAAUGAACGUGAAGAUCAAGCUUAGGUUUCUUCUGGUAGCGGCGGCGGUGACAUGGAUGAUCCUAACCGCGGGAACCACUUCCGCAGCUGAAGACGACCCCAAGCUCAACUACAACGGCGGCGGCGCCGACAGGAAAGUUCAAGAUAAUCGGGAUGAGGCAGCAAGUUCGGCCGGUGGCAGCGUCGCCACCACGACGGCGAGCAACCACCACUAUAUACCGAGGAAGGACUUCGGCCAGAGCGGCGGAGAUGGCGGUGCUCACUAAGUAAUAACUGCCGUUGCAUGAUUUUACAAGCGUCAUCUGCGUACGUAAUAUGGUAUAGUCAUUAUGCAUGGUGGUAGUCGUCGUGCAUAUAUAUAUAUAUACGUAGUAGUAAUUGUGCUUUUUAUGUUGUUAUUAUAUUAUUAUAGUCUAAUAAUAUGUAAUUAUGUGUCGUAGUAUCAUAUAUUAAGAAUAAACGUAUGGGAUGAGUAUACUGGACUCAACCUUAAUCUAUACGGUGGCUUAUUUAGCAUAUAUGUAACAAAGAACUGAAACAGACGAAUAAUUUCAUGUAAAAUAAAAUUUACCAGCAAAGCUGACGUAUGGUUUAUCAGGAAUUCAGGACGAACAAAUAAGGACCGUAUUGGGAUGGGCUAUGAUAAUGAUUCAAUUUGUGAGCAAGCCCAUCGCGAGACGGACAGUAAAGGGGCCUUAAGGCCCGCUAGCUUAAAUAAUUUUAUUUCACAUGGAAAAUAUAAUAAGAAAUAAGUU